CGUGGUCCUCAGAUGCCUUUGAUAUUUCUUUAUGUUGUGGACACAUGCAUGGAAGAUGAAGACUUGCAGGCUCUGAAGGAGUCCAUGCAAAUGUCGCUUAGUCUUCUGCCACCAACUGCCUUAGUAGGUCUCAUUACUUUUGGCCGAAUGGUGCAAGUUCAUGAGCUUGGCUGUGAAAGAAUUUCCAAAAGUUAUGUCUUCAGAGGAACAAAAGACCUAUCUGCAAAGCAGCUUCAGGAAAUGUUAGGGCUUACAAAAGUAGCUGUUUCACAAGUUGGCCGGGGUCCUCAAGUGCAGCAGCCGCCACCUUCUAACAGAUUUUUGCAACCAGUGCAGAAAAUUGACAUGAAUCUCACAGACCUUUUGGGUGAACUGCAACGGGAUCCUUGGCCUGUUCCACAAGGAAAACGGCCCUUACGUUCUUCUGGAGUGGCUCUUUCUAUAGCUGUGGGGCUCCUUGAGUGUACUUUUCCUAAUACUGGUGCACGUAUAAUGAUGUUCAUUGGAGGACCAGCUACACAAGGACCUGGCAUGGUUGUUGGGGAUGAAUUGAAGUUACCUAUAAGAUCAUGGCAUGACAUUGAAAAAGACAAUGCUAAAUAUGUUAAAAAGGGUACUAAGCAUUUUGAAGCCCUGGCUAAUCGGGCUGCAACAAACGGUCAUGUUAUUGACAUAUAUGCAUGUGCAUUGGAUCAGACUGGUCUUCUGGAGAUGAAGUGUUGUCCCAACUACACUGGAGGCUACAUGGUAAUGGGAGACUCUUUCAAUACGUCCUUAUUCAAACAAACCUUUCAGAGAGUAUUCACAAAAGAUAUGCAAGGACAGUUUAAAAUGGGAUUUGGUGGUACUUUAGAAAUAAAGACUUCAAGAGAAGUAAAGAUUUCUGGAGCGAUUGGACCCUGUGUCUCUCUGAACUCUAAAGGACCUUGUGUCUCAGAAAAUGAGAUUGGAACAGGAGGUACUUUUCAGUGGAAGAUCUGUGGACUUAAUCCUACUACAACACUUGCGCUGUACUUCGAGGUGGUCAACCAGCACAAUGCUCCCAUUCCACAAGGAGGACGUGGUGCAAUCCAGUUUGUGACUCAGUACCAGCAUUCCAGUGGACAGAGACGUAUCAGGGUGACCACGGUUGCCAGAAACUGGGCAGAUGCGCAGACGCAGAUUCAGAACAUUGCUGCAUCUUUUGACCAGGAAGCUGCUGCAAUCCUCAUGGCCAGAUUGGCAGUGUACAGGGCAGAGACAGAAGAGGGGCCUGACGUGCUUAGGUGGCUGGACAGACAACUUAUACGACUGUGUCAGAAAUUUGGAGAAUAUCACAAGGAUGAUCCGAGCUCUUUCAGAUUUUCAGAAACCUUUUCGCUUUACCCACAGUUUAUGUUUCACCUGAGAAGAUCUCCUUUCUUGCAAGUUUUUAACAACAGUCCAGAUGAGAGCUCAUACUACCGUCAUCAUUUUAUGCGCCAAGAUCUAACCCAGUCACUUAUCAUGGUUCAGCCCAUUCUUUAUGCCUACUCUUUCAAUGGGCCUCCAGAGCCUGUUCUUCUGGAUAGCAGCAGCAUUUUACCAGAUCGCAUUCUCCUUAUGGACACCUUUUUCCAGAUCCUUAUUUAUCACGGAGAGACCAUAGCUCAGUGGCGUAAGUCAGGUUACCAAGAUAUGCCAGAAUAUGAAAAUUUUCAUCACUUGCUCCAAGCUCCAAUAGACGAUGCCCAAGAAAUUCUCCAUUCCAGGUUUCCAAUGCCCAGAUACAUCGACACAGAGCAUGGAGGAAGCCAGGCUCGUUUCUUGCUUUCAAAAGUAAAUCCUUCUCAGACUCAUAACAACAUGUAUGCAUGGGGACAGGAGUCUGGAGCACCUAUUCUUACUGAUGAUGUGAGCUUGCAAGUAUUUAUGGAUCAUCUGAAGAAACUUGCUGUCUCUAGUGCUGCCUGAGAUUCUGCAGUGCAUUAAAGGCACAGAAAAGCUGUCGCGAUCUUUCAGCUUUUUCCCCUUUACCCUUUUCCGUGUCUCUACUGACGGAAUGCUCUGAUAUGCACAAGCUGCCUGACUAGAUGUAAAGCAGUGUUGUUUUCAAAGGAAAGCUUUUAUUAUCAGCAAAUGUUUUAAUGUGAACUGCAGUUUGUAAAAAUGACAGGUAGUAGGUUAAGUUAUAAUUAGAGGAAAAAAGAACAGUCAUUUUGAUUACUGUGAUAAUAUAAUUACUUUGAGAUCAUCUCUAACAACGUCUAGGUAUGAUUUCAGUUUCCUUUAUACAUGGUUGAGGUUGAUUCUGCUUUGCACUAAAAAGGCAGGUUGAACAGUAAAAGCAGUCUUGGGUGCUGUUGGGCUUUCCAGAGUGCCAUAUGACUACUUUUGCUU